AAACAAACAACACAGCCAAUUACUACUAAACAAACACACUCUCUCUUUCAUUCUUUCUCUCUCUCUCUCUCUCGAUUUUCUCCCAUUGGAGUUCGCAAUUAGCUGCCACUCUCUGAUCGAUCUUCUUCUCACAUCACAUCCUUUAUAAUCUUCAGUUCUACUGCUCGGAGGUGUUUGCUUGCGUUCUCUCUUGUCGGUCACAUCCCUAAUUACCAUCACUGCCCCUGAUUAAAGUUUUACUCUAUCUUCUUUGUUGAUGCCAAAUCUGAGCUCAAAUCAGCUUCAAUUAUCAAAUCUCCACGAAUGAUUCCAAUGGAUAAUCACUGCUUGCCAAGUACUAGCACCACCGGUCUUGUAUUCCCGACCAAUUACGGUGUUAAUGCGAUUAACGCUUCCUCCGGUUUUCACCCAGCUGUGGAUGCUUCGGGUUCAGUGGCUGCAGGAGUCAAACAAGAAGCUGCUUUGGUUAUGGAUUGGUCCGUUGAGGAACAGUAUGUUUUGGAGAACGGCCUUGCAAAAUUAAAAGAUGAACCCAAAAUUUCAAAGUAUGUAAAGAUCGCUGCAACUCUACCGGAUAAAACUGUAAGGGAUGUAGCAUUGAGGUGUAGAUGGAUGACGAGAAAACGGAGGAAACGAGAGGAUAAUAAUGCCGCUAAGAACAUUAGCACUAGGAAGGUGGUGGAUACAUCCCCAGAACUGAACAUGCUAUCCAAUGUGCCACAACAAAAUGCUUUAUAUGUCCUGAACAAUAUGUGCCACAGUACACGCACGCCUUUCGAAGGUUUAAGUGACGCAGUAAUGGAUCUUCUACAGCAAAAUGCUCAAGCUUUUAGUCAGAUUUCUUACAACCUCUCUGCGUGCAAGCUGCAGGAUAACAUCAGUCUCUUUCAUCAGGCAAGAAACAAUAUCAGCGCCAUUUUGACUGACAUGAAGGAGAUGCCUGGAAUCAUGAGUCGGAUGCCGGCUCUACCGGUUUCAAUUAAUGAUGAUCUUGCAAGCAAUCUAUUGUCGAGUACAACACAGCCAAUAUCGUACAACAUUCCACCAAGCAUCCACCUGAAGCAAGAGCCAAGAAGUUGAUGGGGAAAUCCGGAUUUUGACCGAUACUAAAGUAAAUAGUACAAGAGCCUGGUACGUGGCAGUAUUUCCGUGGACGACAUGGCAAUGUUUAUCAACUGCAGACACCGCUUCAGAACAUGAGAUUCAACAAUCAGUAUUGGUAAAAUCCUUUUGCCCUCGGGUAAUUUGACAGAGAAGAAUGAAUUAGACUCCUUCUAAAGCCAAGGUAAAACUCUUUGAUACGAACAAAAUGCUUUGGCCGUAAUUCGAUCAUAGGAUUCCUUGCAAUUCGUAGAAGACGGCAUAGGUUGAUAGAACUCAAAAGUCUUUUGCUGUAAUCUUCUUGUUGAGGCUUAAAUUAGUAUAGUGACAGUUCUUUUGAGUGGUAUUCAGAGGCCGGUUAUGUGUAACACAAGUUCUAGUUAAGGUAAUAAUUUAUCAUCCUCUAGGUACGUAUACGUUAUCUUCAUGGUUUAAGUCGUGAUGUGACACAAAUCAUUGUAUAUACGCAUUGUCACCUGUCUCAAUUCAUUGUUAUAAUGUUUGCA